AUGGUAUGUCGUCACGAUGAUGUGACGUUUGUUGGUGGGUGUGGUCUAGUUGCGGAAAUGGAAGGGAAUGUCGCUGAGGCUGCAAGUCGUGAAGAGUGGGAUAAAGUGAAGGACCUAGUGGACAAGGGAGGUGACGUCAAUAUACGGGAUGGACAGGGAUUGACAGCUCUACACCAUGCGGUUGAUCGUACUAAUGUAGAGAUGUGUAAAUUUCUACUUGGUCAUGGCGCGGACGUCGCUGUUCGAGACAAAGAUGGCAAUAUGGCAAUUAGCAGAGCGAUUUUGUCACGUGGUCUGAAUUCUCUUGAUGUUGUUCGUCUGCUACUAACAGACGUUACUGUGAAUGCAGUAAACAACUGUGCAGACAAAGAUGGGAACCAACCAUUACACAUAGCAUGUAAGAAGAGUAAGAUUGAAAUUGGGAAAGUGUUGGUAUCUCAUGGAGCAGAUGUAGCUGCUAUUAAUGGACAGAAUGUAUCACCUUUUCAAUUAGCAUCACAACGUUGUGGGAAUAAUCCUGACUUGUGUUUAGCUCUUUAUAAGGCAGGAUUGACCUUAAUUCAGACUGAACACAUUUGUCAAGCUUUGGAAGUUGCAUUCAGUAAAAAAAUCAACUUACUGGUUGGGUAUUGA